AUGGACACUCUAUUCGCAACGCUCAACUUGUUCCGUGGCAACGGUAAAAUGUAUUGCGGAACAAUGCAGUGGCAGCACAACAGACCUCAAAGCUUCUUACGCGUCGCUAUCCACUCAGUAUGCGGGGAUCAAACAGUAUUCGAGAUUACUCGACAUCCUGGAGACAUCGAUCCAAAAGACCUCGAAAACUCUCGAGUCAUACCUCACAGCGCCGAUGACUGGACAAUUACCGUCCCAACUGUUGUCGGAUACCAUUGCCGACAUCCUAUCAUCGAGUACCAACAACGUUAUCUACGCCCUAACCGCUUGGCUAUGCAUCGAGUUAGCAAUUAUCUAUGGAAGAACCAUCGCGACCAAGCCGAUAUUAUCGAAUUUGCCACUGACAAACUUCUUGAAAUUAAUAACACAAUUAUUAUGGAAGAUUCUAAAAAGAGUUCCAAAAUCGAUCUUAAUAUUGACCUUAUUGUCCUUCACGCUAUUCUCCUCGAGCAUCUUCAUCGAAAUCGAAGAAUUGAGUAUCGACGAGCUAUUACACCGUCUGAUGCACAAAAUAUGGUUUCACAAGCAAAUUUCAAGUUAUAG